CGUGCGCAGCGCUGGGUCGGUCCCAGCUCCGGCGUCUGCAGCUCACGCUCCUCCUCCCGCUCCCCACCCCCAGCCCGCCGCGGCCCGGUAUCAACGUGUGGUCCCGCCCUGGGAGCCGUGCGUGCCUCGUGCUCCCGGGACGCUGGUGGGAUUCCCGGCGCUAGCCAUGGAGAUGGAGCAAGUGAACGCGCUGUGCGAGGAGCUGGUGAAAGCAGUGACGGUCAUGAUGGACCCCAGCUCCACCCAGCGCUACCGGCUGGAAGCCCUCAAGUUUUGUGAAGAGUUUAAAGAAAAGUGCCCUAUCUGUGUCCCAUGUGGCUUGAGGUUGGCUGAGAAAACACAAAUUGCCAUCGUCAGACAUUUUGGUCUUCAGAUCCUGGAACAUGUUGUCAAGUUUCGGUGGAAUAAUAUGUCUCGAUUGGAGAAGGUCUAUCUGAAGAACAGUGUCAUGGAGCUGAUUGCAAAUGGAACACUUAACAUUUUGGAAGAGGAGAACCACAUUAAAGAUGUUCUGUCUCGAAUUGUAGUAGAAAUGAUCAAACGAGAAUGGCCACAGCACUGGCCUGACAUGCUGAUGGAGUUGGACACUCUCUCUAGGCAAGGGGAGACACAAAGAGAAUUAGUGAUGUUCAUUCUUUUACGAGAGCUCCAGAAAACUGAUGCUUCUCAGGAGUCAGAGGCUCAAGCAAACUGUCGAGUAAGCAUCGCAGCACUGAAUACCCUAGCAGGCUACAUCGACUGGGUGUCUGUGAAUCACAUUACUGCUGAAAACUGUAAACUCCUGGAGAUCCUGUGCCUGCUUCUGAAUGAACAGGAACUGCAGCUGGGAGCAGCUGAGUGUCUUCUCAUUGCAGUCAGCAGAAAAGGCAAGCUGGAAGACCGGAAGCCUUUGAUGAUCUUAUUUGGAGAUGUUGCUAUGCACUAUAUUCUCUCUGCUGCACAGACUGCUGAUGGGGGAGGCUUGGUGGAAAAACACUACCUCUUCUUGAAGAGACUUUGUCAGGUGUUAUGUGCACUGGGCAAUCAACUAUGUGCACUGUUGGGUUUAGAUUCUAACAUACAAACACCAGAAAACUUUGGGAAGUACCUGGAAUCUUUUCUUGCUUUCACAACCCACCCAAGUCAGUUUCUACGGUCUUCAACCCAAAUGACCUGGGGAGCUCUGUUUAGGCAUGAGAUCCUAUCUCGUGAUCCAUUGCUGUUAGCAAUAAUUCCAAAAUAUCUCCGUGCUUCUAUGACCAACUUAGUCAAGAUGGGCUUUCCUUCUAAGACAGACAGCCCUAGCUGUGAGUAUUCUCGAUUUGACUUCGAUAGUGACGAGGACUUCAAUGCUUUCUUCAAUUCCUCCCGAGCCCAGCAAGGAGAGGUGAUGAGACUGGUUUGUCGUUUGGAUCCCAAGACUAGCUUCCAGAUGGCUGCAGAGUGGCUGAAGUAUCAGCUCUCAGCUUCCAUUGAUACUGGACCUGUGAACUCCUGUCCUACAGCUGGAACUGGAGAGGGAGGCUUCUGCUCCAUCUUCUCAUCUUCAUUUGUGCAGUGGGAAGCCAUGACCUUUUUUUUGGAAAGUGUGAUCAACCAGAUGUUUCGAACACUAGAGAAAGAAGAAGUUCCUGUUAAUGAUGGCAUUGAGCUGUUGCAGAUGGUCCUGAACUUUGAGAUGAAGGAUCCCCUCAUCCUGUCCUGUGUCCUCACUAAUGUCUCAGCUCUCUUUCCUUUCGUUACUUACAAACCUGAGUUCCUGCCCCAGGUCUUCUCUAAGCUGUUUUCAUCUGUUACUUUUGAAACUGUUGAAGAAAGUAAGGCCCCCAGAACCCGGGCAGUGAGGAAUGUGAGGAGGCAUGCUUGUUCCUCCAUCAUCAAGAUGUGUCGGGACUACCCUGAGCUCGUCCUGCCCAAUUUUGACAUGCUCUAUAGCCAUGUGAAACAACUCCUCUCCAAUGAACUACUCCUGACCCAAAUGGAGAAAUGUGCCCUAAUGGAAGCCUUGGUUCUCAUUAGCAACCAGUUUAAGAAUUAUGAGCGACAGAAGUUGUUCCUAGAGGAGCUGAUGGCACCAGUAGUCAGCAUCUGGCUGUCUGAAGAAAUGUGCAGAGUGCUGUCAGAUGUUGACGCCUUCAUUUCCUAUGUGGGUGCAGAUCUGAAAAGCUGCGACCCAGCUGUGGAGGAUCCGUGUGGCUUGAACCGUGCCCGAAUGAGCUUUUGUGUGUAUAGCAUUCUGGGCGUGAUGAAACGGACUUGCUGGCCUUCUGAUCUAGAAGAGGCCAAAGCUGGAGGAUUUGUGGUGGGCUAUACUCCCAGUGGAAAUCCGAUCUUCCGUAACCCCUGCACAGAGCAGAUUCUGAAACUUCUAGACAAUUUGCUUGCCCUUGUAAGAACCCACAAUACUUUAUACACACCAGAAAUGCUAGCUAAAAUGACAGAGCCUUUCACCAAGGCCCUGGAUAUGCUUGAAUCCGAAAAAACUGCUAUAUUAGGAUUACCUCAGCCUCUCUUGGAACUUAACGACCAUCCUGUCUAUAAGACAAUCUUGGAGAGAAUGCAGCGUUUCUUCAGCACGCUCUAUGAAAACUGUUUCCAUAUCCUAGGGAAGGCAGGCCCUUCCAUGCAGCAAGACUUCUACACGGUGGAGGACCUUGCUACCCAGCUCCUUGGUUCAGCCUUCGUCAACUUGAACAAUAUUCCUGACUUCCGACUCAGAUCUGUGCUUCGUGUCUUUGUGAAACCUCUUGUGCUCUUCUGUCCCCCAGAGCACUAUGAAGCCCUGGUCUCCCCUAUCCUUGGACCUCUUUUCACCUACCUCCACAUGAGGCUUUCCCAGAAGUGGCAAGUCAUCACCCAGAGGAGCCAGCUGUGUGGAGAAGAUGAGAUUGUAGAGGACAAUCCAGAGUCUCAAGAGAUGCUGGAGGAACAACUGGUGAGGAUGUUAACCCGAGAAGUCAUGGACCUAAUCACGGCUUGCUGUGUAUCAAAGAAGACUGCUGACCACAAUACCACUCCAGCUGCAGAUGGAGAUGAUGAAGAGAUGAUGGCCACAGAGGUAACCCCUUCAUCUGUAGCAGAACUCACAGACCUAGGCAAAUGUCUGAUGAAGCAUGAGGAUGUUUGCACUGCACUGUUAAUUACAGCCUUUAAUUCUCUGACCUGGAAGGAUACCCUGUCUUGCCAGAGGACAACCACACAGCUCUGCUGGCCUCUCCUCAAACAAGUGAUGACUGGGACCCUGCUCGCAGAUGCUGUCACAUGGCUUUUCACCAGUGUGCUGAAAGGUUUACAAAUGCACGGGCAGCACGAUGGGUGCAUGGCUUCCCUGGUUCACCUGGCCUUCCAGAUAUAUGAGGCACUGCGCCCCAGGUACCUGGAGAUAAGAGCUGUGAUGGAGCAAAUCCCUGAAAUACAGAAAGACUCUCUGGACCAGUUUGAUUGCAAGCUCUUAAACCCCCCCUUGCAGAGAGCUCCUGAUAAGCGACGGAAGGACCACUUCAAACGACUCAUUGCUGGCUGCAUUGGGAAACCCUUGGGAGAGCAGUUCCGAAAAGAAGUUCACAUUAAGAAUCUUCCCUCACUUUUCAAAAAAGCAAAGCCAAUGCUGGAGACAGAAGUGCUGGACAGUGAAGGGGGUGGACUGGCCACCAUCUUUGAACCCUGAAUCAAGCUGUUGGGCACCCUUCUUCAGCCUUUGUUGUCAUCUCUUCUCCCCCUCCAUAGCUAAUCUCUAGGCCCUUCUUGCACUGCCACCUCACUUUCCACCAUGGUCAGCCUGGAGACAGAUCCAGGUCAAGCUGGAGAAGAGUGGGCCCUAUAUAGGGCCCUCAGGUAAUUCUACUAAAGUAUUGAGAAAAGGGAGUUAGGGCUCACACCAUUCCACAGAGAUGCCCCAAGUAGCUCGCAUUCUACUUGGAGGUCCGGCUUUUCCAAGAAAAG